UUAGUUUUUAUUAUUUUUUUAGACAAAAAACCUUUGGGGCUAGAAUUUAUAGGCUAAAUUUAGAGUAGUGGUUUGAAAAUAUUCGUCUGAAUCAUUUUUUUUGUUAUACACAAUCAUACUAUAAAAUAACACUAGGCUGGAUGACUAAAAUCGACAAAUUUAUAAGGAUGAUUCUAACUUCGAAUCUAGAGGAGGGCUGGGCCGGGCUCGGGGUGGCCACCCCCUAAAUCUGCCAUUGAGUGAUGUUAAUGUUGAUCCUAAUGAUCUUAUGUGAUUUUUUAUUCGUAACUAUUAAUUAAGUAAUUUCUAUGAGGUAUCAAGUUGCUUAUUUGUGUGUUUAUAUUAUGUACAAGAAUAAAUAUAUGGAUUUAAUUGUAUUUAUUAUUUACCCAAUAAACUUACUUGGGAAAUAAAUAUGUUUAAUGUGGUUGAUUGUUAUUCAAGAUAUGCAUUUUUUUUACAAUAUGGUAUUUUAAGUGUAUAUUUUAAUAUGAACCUUAAAAUCUUACGAUUUUAUGAUUUUAAUCUACGAUUACGAUUCUACCUCAUUUUUUAUUUUAUUUAAAAUUCCGAUUUUGACUGCAUUGCACUUAGCUUUUUCAUCAAAUAUAUUCUAUUUCCCAAUGUUGUCAGAACCGAACCGGAGCAUGACCCGGUAAUGCGAACGGCUCGCACUUCAGUGGUCCAACCGGCAUUAGACCGUUUAAAAACCAUUAGAGAACCGGUACCUAAUAAACGUUAUCAGUAUAAAUAGUGGACAUUUCUUAAUCAGAGCUCAUCUCUUUCUUUCGAAAUUGUGAAAUGGAAAUAAAGAUUCAAUUUGAGAGCCCGACGUUUUUGGUUUUUUUUUUAAUUUUCAAUUUUCUAUAAUUUUUUUAAUUAAAUUUAGUGGUUGAAUGGCAAAAACCGGACGAGCGGCUCGAUCGGCUCGAAUGGCUAACCUCCUCGGCCGCUCGCUAACCGCUAUAUAAAACCGGAGCGGCUUUUAGACUGUUCUGAGCCUAUUUUGUGACUGGGUGGCAGUUUUACCGGUCGGGCCGAGCGGCUCGGCUCGGCUUUAAUAACACUGCUAGUAUUUCCUGAUAGUUGUGUAUCUUUAUUUGAGCUGUUUUUGGUAGAUUCGGAGCUUGGAAGUUAUCAAUUACCAUAAUCUUCUAGGCUUUUAUAUGGUGAUAACCGCUUGUUUUAUUAAUGUCCGUCAUCUCCAAUUUUUGUAUAGUAAUCUUCAUUAAUUUUUAUUGACCUUGCUCACCAACUUAUUCAUUGUCCUCUCCCCAUGUUUAGUUGCGGUCUAUAUUAACUAACUCUUGCCCCCUUUUUGUUUGGUGAUCUACAAAGUGAGAAGUCUGCACCUUUUUUGCAAAUCUGGAGCAUUUGGACACUCAAGAGUUAUUGUGUUGUAUCUUAAUUGUAGAUUGAGUGGUGUUGUGACCAAUAUGAUAAUUAGGAAGUUCAAGGCGUGUAAACCCCUGACCCUUUGUGAUAAUUGCAAACUCCAUUAAUUCAUCUGAACCUACUUCUACUUAUUUUUUUUGUACAAUUUGAUAAUUUUGUAGCCUUUAAAUGUACAUUUAUUUUGAAUAUCCAUCCUGGCGCGGAGCGUAGGCAACAAAAACCAUUAGUACUAAUUUGUCAAAAAAAUCUACACAAUAAAUAAAAGCCAAAUGAUAAAAUUUGAAGUCUCAUUUCAAAUUUCUGCAUUCAGAGUGAAAGUAGGAAUGACAUUUUGGUCUUCACAAUUACUUUUUUAUAUUCAUUAAAAAGACACUUACUAGGAUUCGAACCGUGCCCACUUUAAAGAAAAGCAAAGAGCAUAACCAAUCACACUUAGUACAUUUGUUAUAUCUUUUUAAAUUAAAAACAUAUUAUCGUAGAGAGGAAAAAAACCCUUUCCCCAUUUCAAAUUUCCUGCUCCAAGAGCGUUUGUAGGAAGGGUAGAAUAGAGAGUGUCAAUUUUUUUUUCUUUUUCCUCUGUGGAAUGUGCCAACUUACCGUACGCAUGCGGAUUUAAACGGGUCCAGGAGUGUCAAUUUUUUAUUUAAGUCAUUUUAUUUCUCUGUGGUGGUAAAAUAUAUAUGAAAAGGCAAAAACAAUACUCCUUUUUAUUGCUAAAAAGAAAAAAAAUUAACAAUAAACUAAUGCAUGGAUUCUAAUGGAAAAACCGCUAAUAAUAAAAUAAAAGAGUUGAAUGAGUCUGACCUACACGAGAUUUGCACAUCAAGUAAACAAAUGAACAUUAUGAGUUUGCCAUUAUAAAACAAGCUAUUUUUUCUUGCAUAAUCAUAAACUAAUGCAUGGAUUCUAAUGGGCUAACCGCUAAUCAUAAAAUAAAAGAGUUGAAUGGGUCUGACCUGCAUGGGAUUUGCCCAUCAAGUAAAAACAAAUGAACAUCAUGGGUUUGCCAUUCUAAAACAAACUAUUUUCUCUAUAAUAAUAUAUAUUGUGCUAUUAUUUUAUAUCUUAGUGGAUAAAAUAUAAUGUAUUUUAAAGUUAUUCAAUGGUUCAACCUCGACCAACCCAAUUAGUCCAAUUUUUAUCAUUUCAAGUAUAUAUUAUGUAAUUAUUUGAUAUCAGAAUGAUUAAAUUAUAAUGUAUAUUAUAGGGAAUCGUUUGGUAUUUGUUAGUAAAAAACUACACAGAAAGAUCUAUCUGGUUAUUUUUAACAUUAAAACGAUCCUAAACAUUUUCAGUUUCCUUUCGAAAUUUUAUAGUUUUAUUCCCGUAUCAGUGAUGUGCAAAUGGCGAAUUGCAGUCAUCUCUUUUCUUUCAUUAUUUUUUAUUUUCAAAUAGAAAGGGCUAAAUUACACGUUUGGUCACUCAAAUUAUAAAAAUCUUUCACCUUUACCACCCGAAUUAAUUUUCUUUCUUAUUCGCCACUAACUUUACGAAUCGUUUCACCGUUAGUCACCCGCCGUUACACUCCGUUAACUUUGUCCUACAUGGCAGUCAACUGUAAAGUUUGACCGUUAAUUAGAUGACGUGGAAAUUUGAAAAAAUUAAAAAAAUAAUUAAUUUUUCCACAUCAACAUUUCAAAUUUAUCAUAUUAAUUAUUUAAUAAAAAUUAAUAAAUGACAAAAAAAUAAUAUGAUAAAUAAUUAAUAAAUGACCCUCACCACCACCAUCACACUCCCGCUACUCCUCUCCCCCGCCGCCGACCACAACGGCAACUCCAUCAUAUGCUCCUAAGCUUUCUCCAUGUCGUGCUUACGGACUGGGGUUGUGCAAAGGGUCUUCAACUUCCUCAAACUAACCCUUGUUGACCAAGGAACUCUGCCUCCCCUGCUUGCUUGCUUCGGCAACGGAGAUAUCAAAACACUAGUGGGCAGUUGAUGGCUUCUAAACGAUCUCACGGUGGCUUGAUUCAUCUCUAUCUAAAUAGAGAGAUGAAAGAAUCCUACCAGCGGAGUUGUUCUCGGAUUAAUCCCAACCAUGGCAGGCUGAAUCAUUAGGUAUGUAAGCUUCUACCUGUUAGAGCAAUAACAAUCAAUUCUAAUGCUAUAAAACCCCAUAAACCCAACAGUUGGGGAUGCAAUUUCUGAUCAAUAAAAUAGAAGUAACCUCCAUAAUAUGAAGAAUGGCGUCAUCUCUGUGCAGGAGCUUGCCCAGCAAGCGAGGGGCCAGGUCGAGGGUGUCAAUUUGGAAGAACUCCCGAGGCAAGAUGGGGACUACGCGGGAGGCGAGAAUGAAGACGAGACAACCGGCGAUUGUAGGGGUAAGUGGCGUCCGCGGUCCGUCGACGGAGAGAAUCUCCAAUGGGUAAAGCGCCUUGAGAUUGUGAGGGAUCGGGACAUUGGAGAUUGAUGAAGUUGUUUAGAAUUUUCAAUUGUUGAAAUUGGACAGGGAACGAAAACAGCGGAUAAAGACUAACCAAAAACUCCUAAUAAUUCAUAAAACAGAGAAGGGAGCAGUUAAGGAAGGAAGGUUGCAUACGUAGAAAACGCAGAUAUUAUUUUUUGUCAUUUAUUAAUUUUUAUUAAAUAAUUAAUAUGAUAAAUAAGAAAUGAUGACGUGGAAAAAUAAAUUUAAUUUUUUUUCAAAUUUCCACGUCAUCUAGUUAACGGUCAAACUGUAUAGUUGACUCCCAUGUAGUACAAAGUUAACGGAGUGUAACGGCGGGUGACUAACGGUGAAACGAUUCGUAAAGUUAGUGGCGAAUAAGAAAGAAAAGUAAUUCGGGUGGCAAAGGUGAAAGAUUUGUAUAAUUUGAGUGACAAAAUGUGUAAUUUAGCCAAAUAGAAAGUUUAAAAGUAAAGAAUAAUUAGAGUUUGGCAUGGGUCGGUCAAACAGGCUGAAUUUCAAGUUUUGGCCCGUUUUGAUCAAGUCUAAUUUAUAAUCACAUGGUUCCCUGGUACCCGAUAAAAAUCUCAAUCCAAACCAGUUUGACAGGUGAGUUUGUGAUUACCACCAUUUUCUAGUGAUACAGGAACGGUGGUUCCUAUCCCAAAUCGGGUUGUUCAUUCUUGAUUUCUUUAGAUUUUAUCAUGGUUUGGCAAAAAACUAGAAAGCACAAUGAUGACAUGAUGAAAGUUUUAUAAAGCAAAUUAAUCGGCCAACGUGCCGAAUAAAAGCUAACAACGAUUGUGAGAUGCUCAUUUCCAGAAAACCGGCGGGAUAGGCGAUUUUUUAUUCGAUUUUCUGGAAUUUGGUUUCUAUAAAACUUACUCCACCCCAUCAUAUUACCAGAAACAAUAUUGUUUCACAAGGUAACAAGUACUUGAUUUUGGUUCAUAAAGUUGAAUUUUGAUUCGUUACAUCAUUCGUGUCUCUUUUAUACUAAAAUUUGCUAUUUUUA